CCAAAUAAGAAUAAUGUUAUUUCAUCGUCAUGUGACGUCAGCACUCAUCCACGAAUAGAACAAGGAAGUGCGAAGUGAAUAAACAAUUGCGCAUUUAUGCAUCUUUUGUACGGUAUUUGACGAGGUGUAUCCCUGGACUGUGGCCCUGGUAAACACAGCAAGGGGCAGCUCUUUUUUUGCAGAGCAAUAAAACAAGUGUACUACAGGCAGCAGAUUUUAAAAGACAAUUAAUUAUAUGCGGUUGUAAUUGUAUCAAUUUUUAUCUCAGGAGUUAGUCGACACAAGAUCACAGUCAAAUGGCAGUGAGCCACGAAGAGAUUUCUAAGAAGAUCUCUGACGAUGUUCCUGCGGUGGCACUGAGCCAAAAGACUCGUAACAAACUUUCUCGUAAUUUGAACCCACCUAUGCCACGUGGAAAUGAUUGGAAGGGUCUUGCUGAUGAACUGGAAUUUACGUACCUCGACAUCCGCAACAUAGAUCUCAACAAAGAUCCGACUGGAGAACUACUUGAUAUUUGGGGCGGACAGAAAGAUGCUACGAUAUGUGCGUUAGUAAAAGCAUUAGAGGAGAUUGAGCGGUAUGAUGUCUUGAAAGAUGCUGAUAAAUGGAACAGAGAUAGAAUACAAGUUGCAGAAGUAAGUUCACCAUUACUCAAUUCUAGUAACACAUCCAGUACUGCUGACUCAUACGAUGCAUUUGUUUGUUACACGGAGAAAGAUGCCCCAUUUGUCAUUGAGAUGAUGAAAAUGCUGGAAACUGAAUCCCCAAAUUCCAUUAAACUCUGUGUUGAAUUCCGUGAUAUCUUACCUGGUGCAUCAUGGGCAAGUGCAUCAGUUGACCUCAUUGGUCGAAGGUGCAGGCGGAUGAUUGUAGUUCUCUCACCAGACUUCAAGGGCACACCUCAAUGCGACUUCCAGACUAAGUUUGCACUCUCAUUAGCACCAGGUACUGAAAAAAGACGUAUCAUACCAAUCAUGUACAAACAGUGUGAAGUUCCUGAAAUUUUGGCCCACCUAACGAUUUGCAAUUACACGAAGAAAGACCUCCGACCGUGGUUCUGGUCACGUUUGGCGCAGACCCUUGCCCUCAGCUGAAUUAUAAACACCACAAUGAAUACGAUAUGGACCUCAAUAAUGUUCGGUUGUGUAAUCAAAAUGAUUGUAUUCUAUGAUUUAAUAACUAAUCAUUUAUUUAUGCAUAAGGUUUUAUAUAACAGAUGAGUGCUAAUUUGGCAAGUUGCCAAAAAGCGUUUGUGCACUCUCGCCUCCGAAAUGGUCACGCAAAUGUGCCACCAUUCCAGAGAUGGCUAACCAGUGUCAUGCCAGUAUUAAGCGCAAGCCAAAAAUUGAGAUAUUAAAAUAUAAAGCAAAGAAAAUUGUGGCCAAAAGUUGGAAUUUGGACUUUUCAAACAUUAAAAAAUGUCUGUUAUAGUAACAUAAUAUAGUAUGGUAUGGUGAAGUCGAGGAAGUUGGCUCGUAAGCCUGGAGCUGCCUGGAGCUCAGUUAGCGCACAAUUAUGAUAUUUGUCAAGGUUGAUGUAAUACUUUGAGGAAAACACCAGUAUUUUUUUUUCCAAAACAACAGAUGGAGGUGUUUUGUUUAACAUGAAAUUAAGCAAAUAAUGUUAUAUACUGUAUGCUACAAUACCUUGAAAAAAUUGUGUCUUAAUGAGAAAAUCAAAGAGAGGAAACCAUUUCGAUCUCCGCUUCAUUAGAAGAGCAACCAUAACUGAAAAUCGGAAAAUCCUGCGGGUCAUGGGUGUAUUGUUCAAAUACCAACCUAACUAUAACCUGUAAAUAACUAAGUAAAUUAACUUGUAAAUAAUAAUUGUAUAUACUUUAUAUAAAUACAGUAAGAGUGAAUGAGAGUAAAAAUUAUAGUUUAUAAAAUUUGCAUAGAACCAACCUAACCAUUUCCAUUUUAAAAACCCUGUUUUUAAUCAUAAUUUUACUUUAUUUUUAUGUAGUAUAGUAUAAAUUGUAGAAAUAUAACUUGUAGAUAACGAACCAAAUAAUAUGAUGUCCAUCACAGAGGAAAAUUACCAAAGAUCAAGAUAAAUGAAAUGCUGAAAUCAAUUAAAUGAAAUGAAAUAUAUAGAGUGAAAAAUUUGACAAAUUUUGGCGAUUUAUCUUACUAUUAGUCUUCUACUUAUUGAAGGAUAUUGCCUGCUAGGUAUUGAAGUGGUGUGUAUCAUGCCGACAGCUUACAGAGACGCUGAUUCGUCGGUUGAAUCGGGUGUGCGCGCCAAGGAUAGCUACUCUAUUAUAGUGUACGUUUUUAUGAAAUUAGGCUUAACCUGUAUGUAACCUAUGAAUCAAAAUGAAAAAGCCAGAUAUUUAUGUUAUACUUAAUUGUGGUGGUAUUUUCACUAACAUAAAUAGUGUUUAUUAUAUUUGUUUCUAAACUUAUUUUUAAAUUAUAUUAAUAUUUUCAUCAUUAAAUAGACGUAGACGAAUGUUAAAAUAUGUAUUGCAUAAACUUAAAAUCAUUGUUGAAAAUAAAGAUUGGACUUUUCAGAAUA